AUGAUUGUCUCCGCGAUUGGCACGGAUGUGAAAGUAGAUCCGCUGCACCCGAACGUCUCAAUCGCAUUUCCCAGGCAGUUCAACAUCCCCGUCUUCCCGAAUUGCUACAUUUCGCACCGGACGCUCGACGAGAUCGACUUCGUCGCGAUGGUCGGCGCUACCUGA